AUGUUGUUUGGAUAUCCAAGUUUAUUAAGAUCCGAUGCUUUACCGAGAUUGUGGAUAUUGACUACUGAACUGAGUAUUAUCAAUGCUAACUGUUGUUCUUACAAUAGGAUUUUACAUGUUACUGAUCAUACAAUUAUUACUCCUUGUUUCGAUAGUUUAGACUUUCAAUUUUAUCCAAGCUUGUAUACCGUUGCAACUGAAGAUAGUUUUGCCUCCGCAAAAGACCAAUCUACUAAAUUCUCUCCAAUCAGACGUCAUAUUAUGAAGCGUAAUUAUUUAUGGGAUGCACGUUUGGGUAAGCGUUCAAUGAAUCGUGAAGCAUUUCCAUGGUAUAAUCAUGAUCUAUAUAACUAUUACAAUGAUGAUUAUUCCCGAGGUUAUUUUACUGGUUUUGAUGACUAA